AAUUUGAUUCCACUUCACUAUACCAUCAUGUCCUCUCCCCCCAAAGACAAUACCAGUCCUCCUUCAAAGGUCGUUGAACCAACCAAGGUCAACACCGCACCACAACAAGCUUCCACUUCGCCUGGUGACGGGGCUCGUAUUCCCGCGGACCAAAUUCGCAAUCCCUCCGAGGUCGAUCGCAAUGACCCCAAUAUAAACGUGGUAGAGAUCCCUGCAGAGAAAAAACAGUCCCCUUCCUUCAAAGAACAAGUAUUUGGUUAUGCCAAGGUCAUCCGCGGAACGGCUCUUGGUAAAUCAGACGUCAAGGAGCACGGGGAACAAGUGUUGCGAGGUGAAGAAACCAUUCCAACAAAACGCCGAGGCUCGACUUCGGAUUGAUAUGUAUCUCGGUCGUGUCGCUUAGUUUCCUUGUACUCUAUCCGUCACCGUGCACACGCCGUAUUGUAUAGUAGGACAUUCAAUGUAAUAUAUUUAUCGAUGAGGAUUUAUCUUCCCACCGAACCAGUAAUAUACGAGAUCUCCCGAAUGUUCAAACGUUCAAACUCCACGCUCAACUGCUUCAGGGAUACCUUGAAAUAGGUGGUCCCUUUGAUUAUU